GUCCCAAAAAGAUGGAUGAAAUGAAGGAAAAAGCCAGGCGGCAUAUAGGGUGCAAAAAUAGACAACUCGUCUCAACUCAGAACAAACAAGAAACCAAAAAAUGGUUAAGGUAGCGCCCUCAGCCGUCGUGGCUAACAAAGAUGAAUUCCCUCUUGCCCAACCUUGGGGGAAAAGGAAGCCUGGCCACUGGAAGUCAGCAUGCCCGUACCCAAAAGUGGAGAAGUACGGAGAAAGAGAAAGGAUCGAGAAGAAAAAGAAAGCAAUGGUUGCUGCUGAAAGUGACGAGUCAUCCAGCUCAAGCUCGGAUGAAGAAGCCCUCGUCUGCAUGGAGCGCAGAGUUGAGAAGUCCAACCAUGAGGAUAGGUGGACUAUGUCAGAAGAUGACACUCUCUGCCUAAUGGCCAAAGAUGAUGCUGAUCAAGAGGUAACCUCACAAACCUCCUGCUCAUCUUCUUAUAGCACACCAACUUCUGAAAAUCUUUUUGACCAGUUCAAAAAGAUGAUGAAAGACUUUGAUGAGAUAAAUCUCAAACACACAUCCUUAACAGAAGAGAACAAACUAUUGAGUGAAGAGAAUCUCAAGUUGACUGAAAGUCGGAAAAGUCAACUGAAUAAGAUCACUCAACUCAAGACUGAAAAUGAAUCUCUCUCUGAAAAGGUGAAAUCCCUUAACAAAGAGCUAGGGAUACUCAAGUCCCAAGAAGCAGUGAACAAGCUGCUUGAAACGACCAAACAUAAGGGUCUCAAAGGACUUGGGUUUGACUCCUCUAGUUCCAAAAGGAAAGGGAAGACAACUUUCAUCCCUCCUAAACCUACUGCCAAACCUAAUAAGCAGAAAGGGAAGGAAAAGGAGAAACCAACAGAAGUUCCCAAAAAGGAAGCCGCUAAGUACCCAGGUGUCUGGUACUUAGACAGUGGCUGUUCAAGACAACUGACGGGUGAUGCGAGCCUUUUGAGCAAUCUAAUUCCCUAUGAUGGUCCAAGAGUUACUUUUGGAGGAAGCAAUGAUUUCGGCCUUACUAAAGGGCUAGGAAAUCUGGUGUACAAGGGACUAACCAUCCAAGAUGUAUCUUAUGUUGAAGGCCUCAACUAUAACCUUCUUAGCAUAAGUCAGUUUUGUGAUAAAGGUUACUUCUUGGAAUUCUGCAAGGACAUGGCAUCUCUCAAGAACAUCUCCACAAAUGAAGUCAUUCUCACUGGGAAGAGAAUCAGAAACAUCUAUGAAGUGAUAUGGAGCGAUGUCAAGGAAGCAUGUCUAAUCAGCAAAGUCAAAAAUCUGGACUGGAACAUCAUUGGAAUCUCUGGGCAAGUUCCUUCUGGCCCAGCGAAGAAAGCAGAUCUAAACAACGAUUACAAGUUGGUUUUGGAACUGGUCAUCGCUUGCCUCGAGUGUGGAAGUGGAGGUCAUGCCGAUGACAUCACCCAGGAGAGAGCCUUCAUCAUCAACUCUCUCAUUACCAAAACUAAGGUAAACUGGGUUGCACACUUUUUCAAAUCCAUUUCAAAACAUCUAGGAAAGCACAAUCAGAAGUAUCUCUGUCAAGGUCUGUAUAUUGGACAUAUUUUGGAAUAUAUGGGCGCUGCAGUUAAAGGGAAAAAGUAUGAAGCUAGAUACUGGCUAUACUACUUAUCCUCCAAAGGAGAAAACAGAGCUAGUGCUAGUGCCACUGCAGAAGAAAGCUCAUCAGACAAUGUUCCACUCAUCAAUUUCGCAAAGACUGCCAAGAGAAAGCAUGUGGUGUCUCCCUCUCCAAGUGUUGAAACACCACAGAACCUUGCUUUGAUCUGUUUGGAAGAGGAAGAAGAAGUCUCUGACCAUGGAGAACUUCAAAGGAAGAAGAAGAAGAAGAGGAAGAUCAACUCUCCAUCAACAUCUGGAAAUGUCAAUCCGGAUGAGUUGAAGGAGAAGGAACCUGCUGAGGAAACCUCUGCUCAAAACCGGAGCCCUCAACAACUUAAAGAAGAAAUUCCUCAAGUCCAAAGCCUUCCAACCUCAUCACCUCAACCUCACAUAGAUGAUGCAGAUAACCAAUUCUGGCAGCUCUACUAUGAUUGGAAAGCCUGGAAAGUUGGAAAUUCAGCAGAGCAACUGUUGAAUUGGGACCAACAACUGAAGAAUGAGAAGAUCAUCAAGAAGUGCUUAGGAAUACCAGUCAACCACAACUGUGAACAAAUUUUGGAUGACUACUGGGUAUGGCAAAGGAAUCCUGAAGACUUGCAUCUGGAGUACCUGGCCAACACACCGGUUUCAGACUUUGAAGCAGAUGAUGAAGAUCCUGCAGUCUUCAAGUCAGUCUUCUCAAAAGACACAGAAGAUCAAGUGGUUUUCACUUCUGAAGCACAAGGUGUUUUGGAAGCAGCAGCUGAAGAUUUCCAAACACUUCCGGAAACCUCACAUGUUUCUGAAAUGGUUCUAACUGAAGUUGUAGAAGAGAAGGCAACCUCUCCCCCACAAGAACAGAACCAGGAAACAGCAGAAGAAGAAGAAUUUCAGCAAUUAAUCCAAUCUCAAGUUUUGGAGAUUCUCACCACUCCUUGUGAGAUCUCCAAUCCUACUGAAAUUGAGAUCCCGGAGAAGUCAGCAGAAAUUCCGGAACAGUCAGCUCUUCCAGAAACAAUGGAGCAAGCUGUUGAAGCACAAAGGAAUUCUGGAGAAGCUGAAAAGGAAACUCAAAUGGCAGAACUAGAGGUCUCUCAAACUCCAGUAGCCAUUUUUGAAGAACAGAAUGCAGCUGAAGAAAGAGACUCCCUCUCUAAGGAUAUAUCAAAUUUUGCGCUUGAUGAAGUAGAAAGAGAGUCUGAAAGAACACUAAAGGUUACUGAUGAAGAAGAUGUACAAGAAGAUGUUGAAUCUCUUCCUAUGCAACUCUUCCAAAUAACACCAUCCUCUCAUCAGGUAACCAAUUUUCAUUUCCAUAGCUCUUCCAGCCCUACACUUCCGGAUGAGAUACCGGAAAUCUGGACAAAGAAGGUCCAAGGGCUGAUUGAAUCAGCCCUAGCAUCUCAACAUGCCUCCUUUAGGCAAGAGAUAGAGCAAAUGGAAGUCAGGUUAAAGCUUAAUUGUAUACGACUUGCCUAUGAGAGUCAUGACCUUCCCCUUCGGAAUGAGGGUCAAGCUCAAACCAACUCGGGAGUUCCCCGUUAGGUGGGUGAGAUCCCUAUCCCCUUCAGAACGAUAGUUCUUAGAUCCCUGUGUACACGUUUUUACCCGGACUGCCAUUGGACCAAGCAAAUACCACAUGACAUAUAUGUUCAUGCAUCAUACAACAUUAUUCAUCACAUUUAACAUACUCAAACAGCAGCCUAACAAUGAGUAUCAAUGCCCAUGUUUAACGUCAUGUAACACACAAAGUCUCGGAAUCGAUCCUCGACACAAACAACAAAUUCAGACCAGUACCGUCCCCACGGUACAGGGGUAUCGACCGUGUCAACUGGAGUCCCCU